AUUGAGUGCACGGACAGAGACACCGUUCUGAGAUAUUAUCAUCAAUUUUAAUAAUCCCCCAUUUGCAGGCGCGUCCCACACAAUACCCUUCUCUUUCUCUUCGCAGCCAGAAAUUCUUGCCUUGUAGAUUAAGACGGCCUUUGAGCUGAAUCAGCCCUUUUCGAUAACGACGGCGCGAAAUAAUUCAAAGCUCGUAGUUGCUUCGUUGUUAUUGUUUCCGUUUUAGUGGGUUCUACUUAAUGUUGCGAUAGUAACAGUCAAUCCUUGUUUGGAGUUGAAGUGGGGUGGACUAGAAAAAUCAGGGUUUUGUGAUUUGGGGGGAAUCGAAGAAAGGGAGCAGAAUGGGUUUGAUUUCGGGAAUGGUGAUGGGGAUUCUCUUCGGGAUCGCGGUGAUGGCGGGCUGGAAGUACAUGAUGGCCCAUCGAAGCAGCAAGCGUGUUGCUAAGGCAGUUGAUGUUAAACUGCUAAGCCAACUGACCAGGGAUGAUAUCAAGAAAAUAUGUGGGGAAACUAUUCCAGAAUGGAUAUCAUUUCCUGUAUAUGAACAGGUUAAGUGGCUGAACAAACAGCUGAGCAAAAUGUGGCCAUAUGUAGCUGAUGCUGCAGAGGCUGUCAUAAAAGAAUCUGUUGAACCACUCCUGGAAGAGUACCGACCUGCAGGAAUCACUUCUUUGAAAUUCAGUAAAUUGUCUCUUGGAACAGUGGCUCCUAAAAUCGAAGGCAUUCGAGUUCAGAGUCUUAAAGAAGGUCAAAUCACAAUGGAUAUUGAUCUCCGGUGGGGUGGGGAUCCGAGCAUCAUUCUAGCUGUUGAGGCUGCUCUCGUUGCUUCUAUACCGAUUCAGUUGAAGGAUCUUCAAGUUUUUACUGUGGUUCGUGCGAUUUUCAUUCUAGCUGAUGAAAUUCCUUGCAUCUCUGCUGUAGUUGUUGCUCUUCUUGCCGAGCCGAAGCCACGGAUUGAUUAUACUUUAAAGGCUGUGGGUGGAAGUCUAACAGCCCUUCCUGGGAUUUCCGACAUGAUUGAUGACACUGUUAAUACGAUCGUGACGGAUAUGCUGCAAUGGCCUCAAAGAAUUGUCGUACCUAUUGGUGGCAUUCCGGUAGAUUUAAGCGAAUUCCAGCUUAAGCCAGUGGGAAAGCUCACGGUAACCAUUGUCAAGGCAAAUGAUCUGAAAAACAUGGAACUGAUUGGAAAAUCGGAUCCCUAUGUUGUUGUGUACAUCCGUCCUCUGUUUAAAGUCAAAACAAAGGUUAUAGAUAACAACUUGAAUCCCGUUUGGAAUCAGACAUUCGAGUUAAUUGCUGAAGACAAGGAGACACAGUCGCUGAUUCUCGAGGUGUUCGAUCAAGACAUCGGGCAGGACAAGCGACUGGGCAUUGCGAAGCUACCCCUGAUUGAGCUGGAACCCGAUACGAAAAAAGAAUUCGAAUUGAGACUGCUCCCGUCGCUCGACAUGCUUAAAAUUAAGGACAAGAAAGACAGAGGAACUUUAUUUCUUCAGGUAUUGUACCACGAAUUCAACAAAGACGAGCAGUUGGCGGCGCUGGAAGAAGAGAAGAGGAUCUUGGAAGAACGCAAGAAACUGAAAGAAGCGGGAGUGAUCGGGAGCACGAUGGACGCACUGGACGGCGCUGCAUCGAUCGUGGGUUCGGGUGUCGGCAUGGUGAGCGCGGGAGCGGGCAUUGUCGGGACGGGGCUAGGCGCCGUCGGGAGCGGUUUCGCUAAAGCCGGGAAGUUCAUGGGGCGGACCAUCACGGGCAGCAGCGCAUCGAGGCGGAGCGGCGCCUCGACGCCCGUCAAUCCUGAUGAAAAUGGAGGCGCGAAGACAUCGUGAAAACAGCAGCGAUCUUGACUUUGUGAUUGUGAGUUUCGAUCUGAAAUUUCUUGCAUCGCAUCGCAUCGCAUCACACUACACACUUCACUACACUACACUACACUGUCAGUGUUUCUUACAUUUUACAUAUAUGUAGAGUUGGAUGACAUUUGAGGGCACAAGUGUAAUUUGGCAUGGGCGGAUGAAAUGAAUGAACGAAUCGUGUCUUCUUCUUUCUCGUGAA